ACCGCGUUUGCGCAUUUUAUAACUAUUUGGCGCGAGUUACCCUUCCACUUCAGUAACUCGAGAAGUUUUGUUUUGUCUAGUCUAGUCUCUAGUUAUUCGCUAAAUUCUUCAAUAAUGUCCUUAAGAAAAAGGUUUAGAGAGUCUCCCGCACAGGAAACGGGGGACAACACGAAAAAACACAAACGAACCUCUACUCAUUCAGACAAGUGCAAAUUUUGCGCACAAACUCUUAAUCAGGCAGUAGUUUACACAAAUUUCCCCGAUGACUAUGCCGAGGAGUCUGUUGCUUUAACAUCCGAAAGACUGAAUGUGUACAACGGUACCGAAAACAUCAGUUUUGAGGAGGGCGACUUGCCCAGUCACAAAAUAACUUGUUUCAGUAUUUACGACUUGAAUGACCACUUGUGCCCCCUUGACACCGGGUUGUUGCAAAAAGAGGUCUAUUUGCAUAUCGGGGGUUACAUUAAACCAAUUUUCGACGACGACCCGAGCCCCGAAAAUGGCAUUGCAACGCUUGACAUGGGGCCCAUUCACGAGUGGUUCAUUGCCGGUUUUGACGGGGGCGAGAAAGUCUUACUGGGGAUUAUCACUAACUACGCCCAGUACGUUUUAAUGGAGCCCUCGCUGGAAUACGCCCCCAUUUUCAAAAGCCUCCAAGAGAAAACCGUUUUGUUUAAAUUCGUUAUUGAGUUCCUACUAAGCAAUUUCAGCCGCGCUCCUUCCUACGAGGAGCUACUGGCCGCAGUGGAAAACAGCGAUAACCCACUGUUGACCGAGGAAUUUCUCCUGCAAAACGCCCAGUUUGUGUGCGAUCAGAUCCACAGCUUCGACUUGGACGCUGGGGACAACAACGACAUGCCGUUACUCACAAUGCCAUGCGUUCGAACUUUGGCGAGUUUGGCUGGUGUUAGCUUCCGGAAGCGCCAACUCAUGCGGAAUCUUUUAGGGAACCAAAGGAGAACUAAGCUCCAGUUGAGCAAAGCCACAGCCACGCCGCUAGUCCGCCAAUUGUUCGAACAGUUGUUCCCGAAUCAAAUCCAGACUGAAAAUUGCCAGUCGCCCAAAAAGACACGGUGUGGCAUUUGCGACACGUGUCGGUCGCCCGACUGCGGCCAGUGCGUUUACUGCAAAGACAUGGUCAAGUUCGGCGGUGAUGGCAACAUGAAACAGCCCUGCAAGCUGAGACGUUGCCCCAACUUGGUCGUGCAAGAGUUGGACGAGAGUGACGACGAAACUGUCGUGACACCAGCCAGGGGGCGGGAGGACGGCCGCAGACCUGGCGUGAGCCGGGUCCUGAGCGACGGCCCCCUUCAGAAUUUCCGCGAAUCGAUUGAUAUAGUUCUUGGUGGGGUUAAUGAUGACGACACGGGCAUUUUACUCAACAUCAAGACCGGCGAUUUUGUCCAGUUAUCGCCCAAAAGUGCAACCAAACCGAACACAAUCGCCCGAGUUGUUAACAUAUACACGGCUACGGAACCAAUGGUCCAUGUGUAUUUGUUCUACCGCGGCAAUGAAACGAUUUUAGGGGAAGUAGCCAAUCCGCAAGAACUUUUCGCUUCAAAUGAAUGUGAGGAUUGCCCGGUUGCCGCCAUAGUAGGACAGGCCAAGGUUGUUUACAAAGCAACGCCCGACAAUUGGGCCGAUUUGGGCGGGAUUGAGUGUUUGCCAUCUGGCGAUGAUAGGUUUUUUUACGCAAAACAGUACGACAGUGAGACUGCCACGUUCACGGACUAUGUUAAAGUCAGGAAUGAGUUGGAUUCGUGCGGACAUUGCAGGUUGAACGAGGAACGAAAGAAGAUUGAAACUCCCACUUUCAAAGAUAACAAAGUCCAAUGGCGCAACGAGUUUUACGAAGCAGGGAACUCGGUUUUUUUGGAUCCUUCGGUUUAUCAAUUCCCGAUUCCCGUUGAGUGCACUUUCGAUGAUGCGAAAGAGAUGAAUGAGAGCAAAUACCCGGAGUACUACCGAAAACGCGAAGCUAACGCUUCUUGCAAAAAAAUGCCCCAACCGUUCUGCAUUGGAUUAAUCGAGACCCUAUGCGAUGGACCCGCCGGGGUAUUGAUGGCGAUUCGGGUGUUUUUUCGGCCUGAAAACACAAAGGGUGGCAGCAUGUUAUCGUAUCAGUCUGACAUCAAUCUGCUGUUUUGGUCCACUAAAUUUAUAACAGUUCCGUUUCGUAAAGUGAUGGGGAAGUGCUAUGUUGUUUACUGUUCUGACGAACAGAAGGCGCGGGAAUGGUCCGAGGGGGGCCCUUAUCGCUACUAUUUCAGACAGCAAUACGAUCCAGACUGUGGUGAAUUAGUUCCACCCACGUAUAGCUGCACAAGACUGGCUUUGAGAGAGGGAGCUGGCCAAGACGAACGUCCUUUUGGCAGGCCGCUGAAAUGCCUGGACGUUUUCGCGGGCUGUGGGGGGCUGUCACAGGGCUUCCACGCUGCAGGCGUCGCAAACACCAAAUGGGCCAUUGAGAACGACAAACCCGCACUGGACACGUUCCGUCAUAACAAUCGGACUUGCCAUGUUUUUCGAGACGAUUGUAACGUGCUUUUACGGAAUGUCAUGUCUGGAAAAGGGGGCCUGCCCCCCAAGAGCGAGGUUGAAAUGAUCGUGGGCGGGCCCCCAUGCCAGGGGUUUUCUGGGAUGAACCGAUUCAACGAAGGCGAAUACUCGUUGUUUAAAAACUCGCUCGUAGUUUCGCUUCUAAGUUUGUGCGAUUACUACCGACCCUUGAUAUUCGUAUUGGAGAACGUGCGUAAUUUCAUGCUGUACAAGGGCGGGCUUAUUUUGAAGCUGACGCUCCAAUGUCUCGUGGCCAUCGGCUACCAGGUGCGAAUUUCAAUCGUGGAAGCGGGCGAAUUCGGCGUGCCCCAGGCCCGCAGGCGCUUUAUCCUAAUAGCGUCAGCCCCCGGGUAUCAAUUGCCCCGCAUUCCGGAGCCUCAACACGUUUUUCUCCAGAGAGGCUCGCGUCUAGAUAUUUACGUAGACGGUGUUAAAUACACGAACGGUAAUUUCUGGACCCAGUCAGCGCCUUAUCGCAUGCUUCACGUGCGUGAUGCCAUCGCUGAUCUGCCAGCCAUUGAACACGAUGAUAACCGCCCCCAAAUGCCGUAUGACGACGACGAAGGAACGUCACAUUUCCAAAGGAAAAUGCGCGGUAAUCAGGAGGAGCUACUGGACCAUAUUUGCAAACCGAUCGCCCCCAUUGUGCAAACUAGAAUCAAGCUAAUUCCGCCAAAAGGCGGUGCCGACUGGAGGAAUUUGCCAAAUGUGCGGGUGCAACUCCCGGAUGGGACCAUGACUGAGGUGCUCCAGUACCGGUACAGGACCAAGAAGCAGAAAGACGGGGAGCCGAACCGCGGCGUUUGCGCGUGUUCGGUUGAAAAGGCGUGCGAUCCGAAUGAUCGCCAAUCAAAUACUUUGAUUCCGUGGUGUUUGCCACACACUGCCGAUAGGCACAAUAACUGGGCCGGGGUGUACGGCCGGCUUGACUGGAGCGGGUACUUCGCCACGACCACCACUAACCCCGAACCCAUGGGGAAACAAGGGCGAGUGAUACACCCGGACCAAAACCGACUGAUAAGCGUGCGGGAAUGCGCCCGCUCGCAGGGUUUUCCUGAUAAGACUAAGUUUUUUGGCAGUGUUACGAGCAAGUACCGCCAAAUUGGCAACGCGGUGCCGCCGCCCCUCGCUAAGGCCAUCGGGCUCGAGAUCAAGAGAGCCCUGCGGAACCGCCACCGCUAAAUGUUGUUCCUAGUUGUGUUCUGUUCAGUUUAUUUGUAUUUUUAUAAAGUGUUUUGAAUGA